AUGUUUGACUCGACCGGGGACCAGGCUUUGGUGUGUGCCAGCACCAAAUGUGUCGACGCCAUAUUGUCAUCAUUAACCCUUCUCCUCAAGGGUGGGGGACUGACUGAGGAGUUGGUCCAGAUGACUGAGUCACAGCUGGAACGGGUGGAAGUUCCAGAGGCCCUUGACGACAAAGAGAGUAGUAAUGGAGAAUCAAGAGCAGAUUUCCUUCCAAACACAAAUCUCCCUCGGACAUUGGAGGUAGACAGAUGGGCUGCUCACGAUUAUCUUCUCUCCGUUAUGAAGAUCAUUCCUAGUCUCCUGGAUGCACAAUCAACAGUGGAAAUUGACAGGAUCCUGCUGGAAUUUAGUUCAUCUUAUUGCAAAGAACUUCGGUCGAGCGUGUCUGGAGGCAUACUGAGUCCAGUAGAAUCUUCAGAAUUUGCGGACACAUCACACGUGUACGACGUAAGUGGAACACUUCUCAACGCCGAUGCGGUAUACGUGGCCACCUUUAGUGCUCUUUCCCUCAACUAUCGUCUAAUAAAGGCAGGAUUCUAUUCGACCAGUAAUAGGGCGACAGUGGAGGUCAUGUCGGAGGCGGACUUUCUUGAUUCCAUUCUUGGUACUGGCCUCCUUCUUUAUGUCUCCGAGACAUGGCUGUCGCAGGUGUAUCGCGGUAUUCGGCACCAGGAUCUCCUAAGUGCCGCCGGCCUGGCUUCGGAGCUGACUCACGGCCCUGUUACUACGAGGGAUAAUAAGCCCCUCAGAGGUUCCCACCUUAUUGACAUGCUUGUGGAAUUCAGUGGUGUCGGUUGGACAUUCAAUAAGGAGACCAACCAAUCUGAAAAUACGAUUGGUCUAGAAACCAAUGACAGCAGGGUUCGUUUCAGUCGUGUCGGUCAGUUGAUCGCUUCAAGCGUUUUGCAUGUCGGCUGGGAUUACAUUGUCGAGGCUCUCACCAACACAGUUGCUCUCGCUGGUAUGAAGGUUAACGAGGGUGCGCCCAGCUUUAUUGGCGGUCACCCCUCGGAAGUUAUCUCGGAAAGUGCCUCACGACCGUUACUCCAAAGUUUAUUCGGCCCACUUUUUUUUGACGAUGCCGCUCACAAUCAGCAAUUUCGUGAGCUUGGUGAAGCACUCUUGACAAGCCUGACGAGUCUUCAGCAAAUGGCCCGCCUCGCCUGCAGCCUCGGACAGACCGGACUGCGUGCCCGGUGCAGCAAAGUAUUUGCCCUCCUCACGGAGACCGCGAGUGCAGCUUUGAGGGCGGGUCCCCAACUCCUCCCUGCGAAUCGCCUCCACCCCGCUCAGGCCCUCAGUAUCGAUGUUGUCCUAACCAGUGCUCUGGAACUGGGAUGCCAGUCGGCGGACUGUUGGGUCCACCUACUAAACGCGUGUCAGCUGGUUCGCGACCUAGAACAUGCCUACUUCGCUUCCGUUUGUAAUACAGAGAGAUCGCCAAAGCACUCCUUAAACGGCCUUGAUGAUGAAUAUGACCUCUCAACUAUCAUUCAAAGAUUCUCAAGUGAUAAGUCCAAUUUGGGCAACUGUUUAACGGUGGAGCAAACUGGGAUUGUUUUAAACUCACUUUCGGCUCAAGUGGAUCGGAUUUUUGACACUGCUGCUGAGGUUUUGUCGUUGCCGGCGCUACUAGACUUCGUUUGCUGCCUCCUGCAGGCAAGUGGAGCGGAGUUAGCUUCAAGAGAACAGGCUCAGUCCAUGACAACUGGACAGAAGUCCCUCAAUCAGUUUAAAUGCGUUGUUAACUCUUUGAAAGGUGAAAUUCUAAAAGCAACUAAACUCAGAUCAACUAAUGCAAACGCCUCUGCGUUCAACAGUGCGCAAAUUGUUCUGUGCAAUUCGCAUAGUCCGACUCUGUUCCUCGAUCGGUUAUCUCAGCUGCUCUUGCGAGCGAUCCGUUCACCGACCCGUCCACUCUUACACUUAUUGCGAGUAUGGGCCCUUGUUUCACAGCAUCUUGUAGACGCAUGCUGUUUCUCAUCCUCUUGCAUAUCAUCGUCGUUCUCACUCUACACUGAACGACUCUUAGUUAGCAAGAAGGCCCUUUCUUGUCUUCACGACUGCACAGUCACCACAGUAACCUCGCGACCCGAGCUGCCAUACUUCAACGCUAACGAAAUGUUCUGCAAGCCAUUUGAGAUUCUUAUGCGUCUGGAAUUGUGCGAUGGCGAUUUACAGGAUCGGAUUAUCAGCUGCAUCAGUGAGGUGGUAGAGGAAUGUGGCAGUGCGUUGCAUUCGGGCUGGCGUUCAAUAUUUGGCACUCUCCGUUCAAUUAACGUCCCAUUCCUGGCAGAAGUUGAUGAACAGUGUUCGACCACACUCCAGUCAGAAUCUAUUGGUGUAGUUGAUAACGCAUCAAAGGCUUUCAUCUCAACGUGCCCUAAAGUCACACUGGAAACAGAAGUGUCAAGCACUCGGGUUCCCACCAGGCGGCGUGUUUCAACAGUGCUGGAAAUUUUCGAGAUUUUUCUAUUUUCUGAUGAUCUACUCGUCUUUUGUAACAUCGCUGUCGAUUGCGUUCGAUGUCUUCUCCGUUACCUAUCUGCCGGUGAACCAGACCGAUUGAAUGUGGAUGUUAAUUCUUCGACGAGUCCAUUGGAAGCAUCCAAUGAAAAGAACAUUGAAGAAGAUGGAGGUCUUCCACCUCCGGGUGCAGAUUCUGUAGGCUUUGAGGCUGAGACAUCCUGCUCCCUCUGCAAGGCUACUCUUCCCCUACUAACUCGAUGUUGUGAGCUAUUUGGUUCCAUUUGGACAUCGCCGGCCACCGUCCCCUCAAUAGACUACGUCCUAAGGUCGGCUAAACGUCAGGCGCAUCUUUUUUCUGGUGGCCCUCCACAGCUAAACCUGCUGCCAUCAGUUCGGAGCUUCACCUCCCACACUUUCUACGAGAGGGUUAAAAACUUGAAUCCAUGGUUUUCAACCGAUCGCUUCAUGGACCCCAAUUUCCGGUCACCAACAACGGUUAACCCUAGUCUAAGGACUCUUCGAAGCCUAGAUGAUAUCGACCAGCCUUCUGGAGUCCUUCAUCUUUGGUUCCUCACACUGGAAGGGAUCGUGAUGGCUAUCUGGGACUCUAACCCGAGUGUCCAUCGACUUGUCUUUGAGGAAUUUACGAAUCUUCUCGAUGCUUGCAUUGAACACAUUACCGGUGAGGGUGACAUCCCUGUGACUAUUCUCACCGAUGGCAUGGAAAGAGAAGAAGUCAUUGCCAAGAAUGUGGCACUUGGUCCCUCUUUUACAGUGUUUGUGGUCAACCACGCAUUGCUACCGCGACUGCAGGCUGCUGUUACAAGUGCUGCUACGACAGGGGGAACUAAUGAUAUUUCUACGAAACCGUGCUCACCGUUCCACAAAAAAGGGUCCAUAUUGGAUGAUGUCGACUUCGAAACACUAACUUCAAACACAGGUGUUAUGGAUGAGAAACAAAGUGAUGAGUUACUCAUUCGGAAACUUAGCUUUAUUGUUGGCCAAACGGUGCAUCUGGUUUGCAGCCUCGCCACUAGGUUUCAUGAAAGUGGUAAGCUGAAAUCGAACUCUGUUGUGGGUAUGAACCUCAUGUUGCAUCAAUGCUUACACAUGUUGGUCGACUGCAUCAGUGUACGAAAUGACCGCCUUUCUCGGUUGGCGACUUCCUGUCUCAGACAUUUGCUUUUAUCAACUGCGUCAUGUUUGACCGCGCAUCAAUGGGAGCUAGCUAUAGCUCACGUGGAGGAAGCCUUCCGUGCUUGCCUGUGCCCCAUCCACACGCUGACUUCCGUUCAUUUGGAUCAAGCCAAGCGUUCUCUUGCUAGCGAUGUCGGCCUUCAAUUGGCUAAUCUUCGUCCAAUAGCUGCCUCAGAUAAAUUGCGUCAACUGGCAAAUAGCUUAUUCCAGGUGGCCGUCGCGCCAGGUGAAUCCACCUUAAAGGGGGGGAGCGUUGCAUGCAAUGAGGCUAUCCGCUCUGAAAAACGGACUUAUGCGUUCGAAUUUUGGAUUUUCCCGCUAUGUACACACGAAAUUGAUCGGCCACCGUUAGACGUGUAA